AUGAGUGAAGAGGUCCAACGUUCAGGGACCUAUGCGCCGCCUGUCACCCCGCUCACAUCUGCGAGUCCCUCAGAUCAGUUGGGCAAAUGCCUUGAUUCCUAUGCAACUUCAGUCAGAGAAAUCGAGAAGUAUAGGACACUGAUAACCUCCAGAGACAUUCAACGGGACUGCGAGGGGAAAUCAUCAUCCGAGUAUAGAUUGAUGAUCUGGCAGGCAGCGUUGAGUCUUAAUGAAUGUGCACUUAAGGAAAACAUCAUGUGCAUUGUUCCACUGGCGGUCGAGGUAGCAACCGGCAAGAAUUUGCCUGCAGAGAUAUCGGAGUCAAUCUAUGACAUGAUCUUCUCCAACAAAGCAUGGACAUCUCAUCAAUUACGAAACAAUGAACAAAACAAGCAGCAACAUGACUUUCUCAGUUCCACAAAAAGAGGGUUGGUCUACAUUGAGAACACGGUUGAGGAGCAGCCGAGAAAGAAGCGUUGGAUCCCUAAGGUGGAAGAUCCUCAAAGUGGAUACGCAAAGAGACCAUUCAGAGCACAAGAACAAAAACCCAGCCAAAACAUGCUUGACCGGAAUGAGACAGCGACAAUUGAUACUCUUGCCGAACAGAGGAAACCAUGCCUCGACUUGAACCCUGCCGAGAGCCUUCAAACCCUGCUUCAUUUAUCUGGAAUAGGAGCAAGCAGUCCUGGUACCCACGCCUCAGGCACUACCGACAUAUUGGAAGAUUGGAAUCCCACAGAGAAGAUGGAAGCCUCCUCGAACACAGCGCUGAAUUCAGUGGAACCAUCCGAGAGCCUGAACAGCAGAUCUGAGCAUUCCACUCAAUCCUCACAUCGCCACCCUUCCACAACCACAAACAACGAUACAUCGGAGGAUGCCAGGGAUUCCAUAGAUCUCGACGACUCCAACCCAACGCCCGAUGGUGAAGACGAGGGAUUCUGGUUCUACACAGAAUCUCCCGACUUGUACUUUCAAACCGGCAUAGAGAUCUAG